CCCGACGCGCGGACGCCGCGCCACCGCGGGGUGGAUCCGCCACCAUCUGCCUCCGCCAAAAGGCGUAGGAGGCAAAGCCGUGGCCGCCGUUGCAGCACCAGCACCGGCCGCCGCGCCCCCGCCCCUGGGGCUCCACCGCCCGCCGCAAAAUCCCCGGGAAAAGCCGUCACCGAGCACCGAAAAGCGCAAGCCUCCAAACCCUCGCCGCACCGGCCCCGGGCCAGGCGCGCAUCCCCAGACGGCGUGGGGCCCCACCGUUGUCUCGGCGAUUUCGAUUGCUCCCAACCGCUCUUUUUUUCUCUCCGCUCCUACAACCAGUGCGCCUUCGCGCCUCUGCCUCCGCCCCGCCGCCGCACGCGCACGCGCACGCGCACGCCGCGUCGCGCCGCCGCGGCAGCGCGCGGAACCCUAGGAUCGCGGGCUGGCCGGGCUUACGGCUCUGGCGCCGCCGCCUGAGACCAUGGCGUCCUGCGGGUGCCUGGUGCUCGAGAAGGUGGAGGACCACAGCGGCGAGGCGGCGCGCGGGAGGGUCAAGGUGGCGCCGUCCGCCGCCUCCGGGUGCGGCGGAUCGUGCGCCGGGGUGUGGAGGAGAAGGUCCGAGGCUAUUUUCCCCAUCUACGUCAUGGGGAGCUCGCGGGCGAGCACCGUGGCGGCGGCGCGGGGCAUCGUCGACUCUGCCGACGACCCCAUAUGGGAGGCCGUCAAGUCGGAGGCCAAGUCUGAGGCAGAAAAGGAGCCUAUUUUAAGUAGCUUCCUGUACGCCAGUGUGUUAUCUCAUGACUGUCUGGAGCGAGCGUUGAGCUUCGUCCUUGCAAACAGGCUUGAAGAUCCAACAUUGCUUGCUACUCAGCUAAUCGAUAUUUUUAAUGAUGUUAUGAUGAAUAACAAAGAUAUAUGUCGUUCCAUUCGCCUUGAUGCUCAGGCCUUCAAAGACAGAGAUCCAGCCUGUGCGCAAUACAGCUGGGCAUUGUUAUACCUAAAGGGCUACCAAUCCUUGCAAUCGUAUAGGAUAGCUAAUGUAUUAUGGAACCAGGGACGUAAAGUUCUGGCUUUGGCGCUGCAAAGUCGUAUUAGUGAGGUCUUUGCUGUGGAUAUACAUCCAGCUGCCAAAAUUGGUGAGGGAAUAUUGUUGGAUCAUGGAACAGGUCUAGUCAUCGGUGAAACUGCUGUAGUUGGAAAUUGGGUUUCGUUAAUGCAGGGUGUUACACUUGGAGGUACAGGCAAGGAACAUGGAGAUAGGCACCCCAAGAUCGGUCAGGGUGCUCUUAUUGGAGCUGGUGCUACUAUCCUUGGCAAUAUAAAUGUAGGUGAAGGUGCCAUGAUUGCCGCUGGCUCCCUUGUUUUGAAGGAUGUACCUCCCCACAGAGGCUUCUGGAGUCGGGUUCGGGUUCUCCACGGCGUCUGCGAAGUUCACUCGAGUUUCUCCUGGACCUUCUUCGGCUUCAGCCACCAGCUCGUACGUUCCGUUUGUAUGGCUGUAGGUAAUCCUGCAAAGAUAGUUGGUUAUAUGGAGAAAGAAGACCCUUCUUUAACUAUGAAACAUGAUGCAAGGAGAGAUUAUUUUGAGCAUGUUGCCAUCAGAUAUUCAGAUGAUUGAUACAGCUAAUGGUGACUCUUCUAUUUAUUAAUGGAAGUAUUGUUUGAGUGAAAAAAAGGUUUCGUCAUAUUAUUUGCACGAAGUCUUGACUCUUGAAGUAAAAAGUUAGACGAAAUGGGAUGAAGCAAACUAAUGCGUAAUGCCAUUUUGGACAUUUCAUCGUGCGCACUAUAGCUGGAUAAGUUGGUGAUCUUUGAGUGCUCCUCUUUCUGCCCAGGCAACCUAAUGAAGAAGCUGGAAACGGGUCACCACUCACUAGGGCUCCAAAAUCUGCCAGUUUUAGUUUUCUUGUACCUUAAUCUGCUGUAAUAACGUGAAGCAUUUUGACGACAAACAUGGUAGGAAACUAGGAAUGGUUUAUUCCUAUGUAGUGAUCUCCAAGAUCAAACAUAUACAGCAGUCUAGACGUCCAUGGACUAUUGGACUAUGUUGGCUUUCAUGAAGCAAAAGCAAUACCCAGUGGUGUCGUAGAGACACACUAGGAUUGCCUAUGUAAGUCCAUCCGAGAAGCCUUCUUCAGUGCUCAUCUUUUAUAGAAAGUUCAUUACACUUUUUUUUUUU